AUGGAUGCUGCGGGAAGGGGCUGCCAUUUGCCGCCCCUGCCAGCGGCGCGCAGACCUGUUCGCUCUCCGGCGGUGGCGGCCGCCGUCAGCGCUGUUCGUCUGUCCGGCUUCUGCAGCGGCGCCGCCUCGGCUCCCUCCGCGGCCGCCGGAGCGGUCGCCAUGAACCCCAGCUCCUCGGCGGCAGAGGAGAAGGGGGCAACGGGCGGCAGCAGCAGCAGCAGCGGAAGCGGCGCCGGGAGCUGCUGCCUGGGCGCCGAGGGCGGUGCGGACCCGAGGGGCGCGGGGGCAGCGGCGGCGGCUGGGGCCGCUGCCCUGGAAGAGCCCGGGGCCGCCGGCCCGAAAGAGAAGGACGAGGCGCUGGAGGAGAAGCUGCGGAACUUAACUUUCCGGAAGCAGGUCUCUUACAGGAAAGCAAUCUCCCGGGCGGGCCUGCAGCACCUGGCCCCUGCACAUCCCCUCAGCAUUCCUGUGGCAAACGGGCCAGCGAAGGAGCCCAGAGCGACUCUGGACUGGAGUGAAAAUGCCGUGAAUGGAGAGCACCUGUGGCUGGAGACCAACGUCUCGGGAGACCUGUGCUACCUGGGGGAGGAGAACUGCCAAGUCAGAUUUGCAAAAUCAGCUCUCAGGAGGAAGUGUGCGGUCUGUAAGAUCGUCGUCCACACCGCCUGCAUCGAACAGCUAGAAAAGAUUAAUUUCCGAUGUAAACCAACAUUUCGAGAAGGGGGCUCAAGAUCACCGAGAGAAAAUUUUGUGCGUCAUCACUGGGUACACAGGCGUCGGCAGGAGGGAAAAUGUAAGCAGUGUGGUAAGGGCUUCCAGCAAAAAUUCUCCUUCCACAGUAAAGAGAUUGUGGCUAUCAGCUGUUCCUGGUGCAAGCAGGCGUUUCACAAUAAGGUGACCUGCUUCAUGCUGCACCAGAUUGAGGAACCCUGCUCCCUGGGGGCUCACGCUGCUGUUAUUGUCCCGCCCACCUGGAUCAUUAAGGUGAAGAAACCUCAGAACUCGCUGAAGGCUUCAAAUCGGAAGAAGAAGAGAACAAGCUUUAAAAGAAAAGCCAGUAAAAGAGGAACUGAAGUAAGUGAAAACAAAGGUCGUCCUUUUGUGAUAAAACCUAUCUCUUCUCCUCUCAUGAAACCUUUGCUUGUGUUUGUGAACCCCAAGAGUGGAGGCAACCAGGGAACCAAGGUCAUGCAGAUGUUCAUGUGGUACCUGAACCCACGGCAAGUCUUUGAUCUUUCUCAGGAAGGGCCAAAAGACGCGCUUGAAUUAUAUAGGAAAGUACCAAAUCUGCGGAUUCUGGCCUGUGGUGGGGAUGGAACGGUGGGCUGGAUCCUUUCCAUUCUGGAUGAACUGCAGCUGAGCCCUCAGCCUCCGGUUGGGGUCCUUCCUUUGGGGACCGGGAACGACCUGGCUCGAACUCUCAACUGGGGAGGGGGCUACACUGAUGAACCUGUUUCUAAGAUCCUUUGCCAAGUAGAAGAUGGGACGAUUGUACAGCUAGAUCGCUGGAACCUCCAUGUGGAAAGAAACCCAGACUUGCCUCCAGAAGAACUCGAAGAUGGCGUGUGUAAGCUUCCUCUGAAUGUUUUCAAUAAUUACUUCAGCCUCGGAUUUGAUGCCCACGUCACACUGGAGUUCCAUGAAUCCAGAGAAGCAAAUCCAGAGAAAUUCAACAGUCGUUUUCGAAAUAAAAUGUUCUAUGCAGGGGCAGCUUUCUCUGAUUUCCUACAGAGAAGCUCUAGAGAUUUAUCCAAGCAUGUUAAAGUUGUCUGUGAUGGAACAGAUCUCACCCCAAAGAUUCAGGAACUGAAGUUCCAGUGUAUAGUAUUUUUAAAUAUACCCAGAUAUUGUGCUGGCACAAUGCCUUGGGGGAACCCAGGAGAUCACCAUGACUUUGAACCUCAGCGUCAUGACGAUGGUUAUAUUGAAGUCAUUGGAUUCACCAUGGCCUCUCUGGCUGCCCUGCAAGUCGGGGGCCACGGAGAAAGGCUGCACCAGUGUCGGGAGGUCAUGCUGCUAACUUACAAAUCCAUCCCCAUGCAAGUGGAUGGGGAGCCCUGUAGGUUGGCCCCGGCUAUGAUUCGGAUCUCGUUGAGGAAUCAGGCCAACAUGGUACAGAAGAGCAAGAGAAGGACGUCCAUGCCUUUACUCAAUGAUGUCCAUCAGGUGCAAGCUGCGGACCUGCGGAGAGUGUCUGCCCCCCCAGGCUCCUUCACCAUUCCCCAGUCUGUCCCAGACCGUCUGAGGAUCCGGGUGAACAAAAUCAGUUUACAAGACUAUGAAGGAUUCCACUAUGACAAAGAGAAGCUCCGGGAAGCUUCCAUCCCUCUGGGUAUUCUAGUUGUGCGUGGAGACUGUGAUUUGGAGACUUGCCGUAUGUACAUAGAUCGCCUGCAGGAGGACCUGCAGUCAGUUUCUUCUGGCUCCCAGAGAGUUCAUUACCAGGACCACGAAACCUCCUUCCCCAGGGCGCUCUCAGCUCAGAGACUCUCCCCACGGUGGUGCUUUCUAGAUGCUACUUCUGCUGAUCGCUUUUAUCGAAUAGACAGAUCUCAGGAACACUUGCACUUUGUGAUGGAGAUUUCUCAGGAUGAGAUUUUUAUUCUGGACCCAGAUAUGGUGUUGUCACAGCAGGCAGGGACACCCCCAGGAAUGCCUGAUCUGGUGGUGGAGCAAGCCUCCGGAAUGACAGACUGGUGGAAUCCUGCCCUCCGGAAACGCAUGCUGAGUGACAGUGGGCUGGGAAUGAUAACUCCAUAUUACGAAGAAGACUCAGAUCUGAAAGAUUUCAGCCACUCCCGAGUGCUACAGUCACCAGUCUCUUCAGAAGAUCACGCAAUUUUGCAGGCAGUAAUAGCUGGUGAUCUUAUGAAGCUAAUAGAAAGCUAUAAAAAUGGAGGCAGCCUGCUAAUUCAGGGACCAGACCACUGUUCACUCCUUCACUACGCAGCUAAAACCGGCAACGGGGAGAUUGUGAAAUAUAUCCUUGACCACGGACCUUCUGAGUUAUUGGAUAUGGCAGACAGCGAAACGGGUGAGACCGCUCUGCACAAGGCAGCUUGCCAGCGGAACCGGGCUGUGUGCCAGCUUCUGGUGGACGCAGGGGCAUCUCUGAGAAAGACGGACUCCGAGGGUAAGACACCUCAAGAGAGAGCACAGCAGGCCGGGGACCCGGAUUUGGCAGCCUACCUAGAAAGCCGCCAGAACUAUAAGAUCAUUGGCCAUGAGGACCUGGAAACUGCUGUUUGACCCUGGUAGACAGGCUGAGAGAAUCUGAACGAGCAUUAUCACCUGUGCCCUCCUGGUGAUUGGGCAGCUCCCCUGGAAGAAGCUGAUGGAAUCCAUAAAUCUGUCUCUCUCCUGCAAGAAUCUAUCUGAGACCAUGCCACCAGUUUUAAGGGCUACCAAGAUGUACAACCGAACAUGAUAGCCCACUGAGGACGAGGCAGGAUACCUGGAGAUUUGUGGAAUACAGAUUCCACAAAAUUCGAUCCUUAUUGCUUCCAGCAAGUAGCAUGAACUUCUGUGUUCACCUGUAUAAUUUAUUUUAAAGAUUCAAGGAUGUUUGUAUAAAUGGCACU